AUGGUUCGCGCAACCUUGGCCGGCCGCCUCCUGGCCGGUCUCCUGCUCGCGACCGGCGCCGCCGCGCACGCCGAGGGAUGCGGCUGCGCACCGGACGGCGUCAAGCGAGUCACCUACAUCGUCGUCGAGAUGCCCGACCAGCCUGAACUGGCGGCGGCCGAGGCCACCUCGACGCUGACCACGCUGUCGACGAUCACGCCCACGCCCACGCCCACGCCUCAGAUCGCCCACGUCAUCGAGGACAUCCCGGCCUACGUGCCCGUCGUGGCCCAGCCCGAGGAGCUGCGCCCGGCCGUCAACACGACGCACACGUUCGGCCCCACGACGGGGCCGGGCAUCGACACCAAGGACCCCGUCAACAUCGUGCCGGCCACCAACGUCUCGCUCUACUACGCGGGCGCGGGCGAGUCGGCCGACCAGCAGGGCUCCAUCGACAUGUCGCUCGCCUUCAAGAACCCGGCCGUGGUGCUCGAGCACGUCGACGCCGUCGCCGCGGUCGUCUGCGGCGACGACGAGCUGACCGUGGCCUUCUCCGACGCCGACGCCUUCCACCAGGCCGUGCAGGGGUGGACGGCCUCGGCGGACGAGGGCGGCUUCGUCCUCGUCACCAACCACCUGGGCAACUGCGACGCCGAGUUCGAGCGCGGCUUCUUCAUGGCCACCGGCCUGGCCGCCGACGACGACGCGCUGUCCGUCACCGUCGCCGCCUCCAAGGAGGAGCUGGCCAGCAUCGCCGGCUCCUGCGAGAUGGCCUUCACGUCGCUGCCGGCCGCCACGCUCGCGAGGCGGCUGACGCUCGACCCCAGCUACUCGCUGUCCUUCGCCCAGGGCCUGGCCAACGACACGGUCCUCUACAGCGACGGCCAGUACGUCAACAUCACGGCCGACGAGGCCUGGUUCAGCUCGAGCAUCACCUUCUCCGGCUACCUCAAGUACAACUUCUGGGGCUUCAAGCUCGAGGCCCUCUACUUCGACCUCGACGCCGCCUUCGACUCGGCCGUCGGCGUCUCGGCCGACGUCCUCGCCGCCUACAGCCACUCGCUCAAGUACGCCCCGGACGCGCUGUCCUACUCUCUCGUCACCGUCCCCGGCGUCGUCGAGCUCGGCCCCGGCGUCGCCUUCGCCGUCGGCCUCGACCUCGACGUCUCCGCCGCCGUGGGCGUCACCGCCGGCCUCAGCGUCGGCCUCCCCGCCGGCAAGGUGCACCUCGACCUCCUCGACUUCGACAAGACGUCGGCGACCGGCUGGGACCCCGUGUACAGCAGCCACGCCAACAUCACCGAGUCCGCCGACGUGCGCGUCAACGCCUCGGCCGACGUCACCGUCCGCUUGGCGUUCGACCUCCUGGGCGGCCUCGUCGACCUCAGCGCCGGCAUCACGGCGACCCCGGGCUUCGACAACACCUUCAAGCUGCGCGGCGGCCAGAAACUGGGCCUGGCCGGCAACUUCACCAGCGCGCCGACCGAGGCCGUCGCCGACGUGCCCGAGGACGGGCUCGUCUGCGCCGAGAAGAACGGCGUCGAGUUCGCCACCGACUUCCGCUUCAACCUCACCGGGUACGCCACCAAGUACUGGAGCGCCGAGCUGUACAGCGUCCGCGUCCCGCUCUGGGAUGUGUGCUACAGCUUCUGA